CUUGAAAGCCCUGCAUGUUCACUGGCUCGCUGGCUUGCCCUUAGCUGUUGUUAUUUGUCUCUGAGACCCAUUCCAAACAGAUUUCCCGGAGGUCAUAGAAGACAAGCUAUGGCACUCCGUCAUGAAGAGUCUAGCAUUCAAUCGUCGGGGAACCUUACUCGCAGCUGGCUGCUGCGAUGGAUCGAGUGUGAUAUGGGACUUUGACACAAGGGGUGUUGCAAAGGAGCUGACUUCAGAGUACUCGUCAUCGCCAAUUACCUGUGUAAGUUGGUCGAAAACGGGACACAAACUUCUUGGAGGGGCCCCCGAUCGGAUCCUCCUAUGGGACGUUGUAUCGGGCAAGGUAGAGAUAACUGUUGAGUUUGACUCUCCAGUUACGGGAGCCUCGAUCAGUCCAAAGGAUUCGGCUAUAUGCCUCGUCUGCUUCGCAUCUGGGUCGCCAGUUCUCGUCGAUUUGCAUGAUGGGUCGAAAAAACCUCUCCUUCGAGAACUUUGCGAAACCGACAGCGUUAACAGAGGUGAGAGGUCGUGUGGAGGAGGAGCUCUCCCUCUCUCCAAGGGUGCUGAGGAGAGUGGCACUCCUCAAGCUCAGGGAAGGGCAGGUAAAGGCGGAAAUGCUGGGGGAGAAGCUCAUGGCGUCUCUGCGUCUGCGGCCACGUUCAACAAGAAGGGCGAUCUCGUCUAUGUGGGGAAUGCGAAGGGUGAAUUGCUGCUUGUUGACGUGGCUACGCAGAGCAUCUUGGGUGUGGUGGUGGUCUCUCCUGGCUCAGCGAUUCGCCAGGUGGCGUUCGAUCGGUCGGGAGACUGCCUGCUGACAAACUCCAACGAUCGCAUCAUUCGGAUCUUCACCAAUUUGCUUCCGUCCGAGAACAGUGCAGAAGCGGCAGCCCAAAUUGCGCAGGCGGGGAAUGCAGGGCUGACACCUUCAGCCGGGUCCCCUACUGCCGGGGGCGGCAAUAAUCGAGCCAGUCUUUCAAAAGGUUCUGGCAAAGGUGGUGCUGACUUGGACCGUCUAGGAGUGUCUUCUAAGAAGCACCGCUCACCUUUCUUGAGGCGUGCCAAAGAUUUCCAAGAUGUUGUAAAUAGAUGCCCUUGGAAAGUGGCCUGCUUCAGCGGCGACAGCGAGUAUGUAUUAGGUGCAUCCGCGCUUAAAGCGGAACACAAGAUCCAUAUUUGGAAUAGAAAUUUCGGUCAGCUGGUCAGGAUCUUAGAAGGACCCAAGGAAGGGAUCUUGGACCUGGUCUGGCACCCGACGAGGCCAAUCGUGGCGUCGGUGGCAACAUCGGGUGUCGUUUACCUGUGGGCGAAAGGGUACAUUGAGAACUGGAGCGCAUUUGCACCAGAUUUCAAGGAGCUCGAGGAGAAUGAAGAGUAUGUUGAAAGGGAAGAUGAAUUUGACCAAGUGCAAGAGGAAAAGUUAUAUGCUGAAAUCGAGUGUGUAUCUUGUGUCUGUGAUCGGUCGGUUGGACUGCGAAUGCGAAAGGUUAAGCCAGCAAGAGAGGAGGAGGACGAGGAGGUAGAUAUACUCACGGUUGAGAAAGUGCCAGCGUACAGCGACUCCGACAAUUCCCAGGAUGGUUUAUACUUUCUUCCGACGGUUCCUGAACCCGACCCGCCACCGGAAGGCUGGGAGAAUCUGCAGGAUGGGGUUCAGGAAGACACCAAAGGAAAGGCGAAGGAGAAAGGGAACGAGACGCAGGAGGACGACGAUGACGAUAAAGAGAAGGUGGUAGGGCGGGCCAGAGCCCGUGAAAUGGGCAGCGGACAAGAGUCGAGAAAAGAGCGCAGGCGUGAAGGACGGAAAAACACAAGGCUGUCCGCGGAACACAGAGGGGCGGCAUGUCUUGCGGAGAGGGUCAAAGGAGAAGUAGCGCAGACACAGGAGGCCGGGAAAGAAUGGUCAGCUGAACGGCAGGGAGAUGGAGCUAGGGAAGAUGAUAAGAACCUGGUCGAUACUGAGGACCAGGGAACUAACGGCAGGGGUGAGAAUGACGCAUCAUGGCCAACAAUGACGGAAGACACGGACGAGGUUGAUGAAGCUGCCGCUGAUGAGGAGAUGGAAUCUGGUCAGAAUGCGGAACCGGGUUCGCACCAGAGACCGAAGCGAAGGCGGAAGAUACCAGACAGGCUUCUGGACUCUCAAGAGGGGAAAAUGUUAAGGCCUAUAAAUCGGAGGAAAUGUCUUGGAAGGCUCCGACUGUCGGCUCCAGCUGGGCUGCCAAGGGGGGCGCACAGUUUCCGGAGGGUCGUGGGGCGGGGAGCGACCAGCCGACCAAGAGGUAGUAGCCAUGAGACUGGCCAGGACGAUCCUUUCGCGAGGGCCUCUAGCAGCGAUCUAGUGGGUGGCACAACAGCAAGCGCUGAUGACUUUAGAACGACCGCAAGCCAGUUCCUCCACAGGAGUCCGGUCCACGUACACAAGGAUGGUCCGCUUACACGCCAGGGAGAACAUGGUGGGGCCCAUGCGGACGGCAACACUUUUCAUCACUGGGAUAGCCCGAUUCCUGUUCACCGCCGACAAUCGCCAUACUCAAUCUGAAAUUUGCAGGUCAUUAUGGUAAGUUAGCUUUUCUGUAGUGCCCUGUGAUUAGCUGAUGAUGAGUGUGCCGCUCCCGCUCUCCAUGUCGAUCAAUAAAUGAAGAUUUCAACU